UAAAAGCGAGCAAUGGCGAUAAAGAGCGGCAUAGCAACAGUUUCUUCAGCUAGGAACUUGCUUUUCUUGAACCCCAAUAUCUCUUCCCUGUCCCGGACCUCGAACGCAAACCGAUUGGGCUUCGCACGGCGUCGUUUCAAGUGCUCUGUGGAGUUCAGCAGAGACUAUUAUGGCAACAACCAGCAAACGACGGUGUACCCUAGACCGGCGGAGAUUCAGUGGAAGAAGGAACUCUGCAAUACGGUGCACCUCAUCGGCGUCGUCGGUGUUCCCGUCGAAAUCAAGCACUUGGCCUCCGGCAAGGUCCUCGCCUGGACCCGUCUCGCCGUCAAGAAGUCUUCCACCGACACCUCCUGGAUCAGUUUGACAUUUUGGGAUGAACUAGCACAAGUUGCUUUUCAACAUGUACAAAAAGGCCAACAAAUAUAUGUCAGUGGACGUCUGAUUUCGGACACAGUUGAAAAUGAUGAGGGGAAACAGCAGACAUACUACAAGGUGGUUGUGCAGCAACUGAACUUUAUCGAAAAGAGCUUCUCAUCAGCGACCAUGUAUGAUCAUGGUUCUGAUUCCAUGUUGGCAGGUAGAAAGCUUGGAAACAAUGGUGCAAGUAGCGAUGAAACAGUAGAACAAUUAUGGCAAGCCUUCUUUGCUAAUCCCGUGGAUUGGUGGGAUAAUAGGAAAACCAAGAGGAACCCGAAAUACCCAGACUUCAAACACAAAGAUACUGGAGAAGCCUUGUGGAUUGAAGGCAGAUACAACCCGCCAUGGGUGAAGGCCCAACUUGCGAUUCUAGAUACAAGAAUGGAGUCCCUUAAUGGUCAUCAGGAUAGCAGGAUGGACGCACAUUUAAUGGUUCAAGAGAAUUUUUCACCUUUUUAACUGAUUUUGAUGAAAGUAGUGUAUGUUUCUAUGCCAGUUGGUAAUUCUUUGUACAGAGCAUGGAUAUAAGUUUUGAUAGAGACGUGUUAAAGGCUUUUUUCAUUUCUGGGUUUUUAUCAUGUAUUUCGACCUUUAUUUGGUGUGAAGGAAUUUGAUCUCCUCUCUAUGUUUUGGCUCUUUGAAUUUCUGAAAUUAUAUUGAUCAUGACAUUGUAUUUAAGAGAUCAUGACAUUGUUGUAUUUAAGAAGUUCGACCCAGGUUGUUAGUGCGGGUUGAAAUAGAGCUAUUCGACAGCUUUGUUGGCUGAAGAUUUUUGAA